UCCUUCUUCCUCCUCCUCCCUCCUCCUCCCGUCACUCAGGCCCUCUCUGGGUCAGACAGGAACAAUAUGGCGCCGGCAGAAGCGUUAGCUUGUGCACCAGUCGUUGUCUGAUAGACUGGUGAUCCGGCAGGAUGAACCUCUGCGCCCAGUACUUACGACAGGCAGAGGCCCUGAAGGCGGACAUGACAGAUUCGAAGCUGGGGGCAGCAGAGGUGUGGACGUCUCGGCAGGCCCUGCAGGACCUGUACCAGAAGAUGCUGGUCACAGACCUGGAGUACGCCCUGGACAAGAAGGUGGAGCAAGACCUGUGGAACCAUGCCUUUAAGAACCAGAUCACCACGCUACAGAGCCAGGCCAAGAACCGAGCCAACCCGAACCGCAGUGAGGUCCAGGCCAACCUGUCGCUGUUUCUGGAGGCUGCCAGUGGCUUCUACACACAGCUGCUGCAGGAGCUGUGCACCGUGUUCAACGUGGACCUGCCGUGUCGUGUCAAGUCGUCUCAGCUCGGCAUCAUCAGCAAUAAACAGAGCAGCGGCGGCGCCAUCGUCACGCCUCAGCCCAGCUCCUGCUCCUACAUCUGCCAGCACUGCCUCGUCCACCUGGGAGACAUUGCACGUUACCGGAACCAGACCAGCCAGGCGGAGUCGUACUACCGCCAUGCCGCUCAGCUGGUGCCGUCAAACGGUCAGCCCUACAACCAGCUGGCCAUCCUGGCCUCGUCCAAAGGAGACCACCUCACCACCAUCUUCUACUACUGCCGCAGCAUCGCCGUCAAGUUCCCCUUCCCGGCAGCCUCCACCAACCUGCAGAAGGCGCUGUCCAAGGCCCUGGAGAGCCGUGACGAGGUGAAAACCAAGUGGAGUGUCUCAGAUUUCAUCAAGGCCUUUAUCAAGUUUCAUGGUCACGUGUAUCUGAGUAAGAGCGUGGACAAACUGGACGCCCUGAGGGAGAAGCUGGAGGAGCAGUUCCAGAGGCUGAUCCUGCAGAAAGCCUUCAGCUCACAGCAGCUCGUCCACAUCACCGUCAUCAACCUGUUUGAGCUCCAUCACCUGAGGGACCUGACGGCCGACGGCGGAGAGCAGAGCUACAGCGGCGAGCAGCAGAUCAGCUGGUUCCAGCUGCUGGGCCUCUUCAUGUCCUUCCUGGGUGUCAUGUGCAGCAGAGCUCUGCUCAAUAAGACUCGUGGGGAGGAGAUCAUGGGGGAGUGUCCUCUGCCGGCCAUCAAAGUGUCCCUGGACUGGCUCCGCCUCCGACCCAGCGUCUUCCACGAGGCCGCUGUGGACCAGAGGCAGCACGUCUGGCCGUGGCUGGUGUCCAUCCUGAACAGUUUCCAGCCCAAAGAGGAUGACGUGUCCUGCUCGUCAGCAACACCAUUGCCAGAGGAAUUUGAGCUGCAGGGGUUCUUGGCUCUGCGACCCGCAUUGAGGACUCUGGACUUCACUAAAGGACAUCAGGGAAUCCUGGUGGACCGAGACGGACUGCCUGUCCACACCCGGCACCAGAGGCUCAUCAGUCUGGGGAAGUGGGUCGCCGACAACCAGCCGGGGUUGAUCCAGUGUCGGGUGAGUGAGGACAGCCUCCUCAUCUUCAUCACCGAUAUUCCAGAGCAGGCCAUCGAGGAGCCUCAUGAGAAGGAGGUGCCAGUGCUCCAGGAGUCGUCCAACGGCGAGCAGACGCCCAACGACGGAGGAAACUCUGGCCUGAAGUCGGUGCUGUCUGCAGGGAAGACGCAGAGCUCCUGGGCGGACGGCAGCGAGCGUCCUGUCGUCACCUUCAAGGAGAACAUCAAACCGAGGGAACAGAGCCGCGAGGCCACGCGGAACCACCACCAGAAGGAUGGAGCGAAGGAGCGCCGGGAGUUCGCCAAAGGGAACGGGGCUGCUGGGAAAGCAGAGCUGAAGAGGGAUGGCAAGAGGAAGAGCGAGAUGAAGAAAGCUGCGCAUGAGAAGGUCACGGAGGCAGGAAAACAGGUGAAGGCACAGACGGAGCUGAGGAAGACUCCAGUGUCUGAGGUGAAGAAGACUCCAGGGACUCAGACUCAAACCACCUCCACCUGCUCCUCCCAGUUCAUCCCCAUCCACCACCCAGGAGCCUUCCCCCCACUGCCCAGCAGACCCGGUUUCCCUCCCUCGGCCUACGUGAUCCCGCCCCCUGUGGCGUUCCCGGGGCUCCAGGUGAAUCCAGGUUUCACCUUCUCCCCCGGAGUUUCUGUUCCCGGUCCGUUCCUCCAGCCGGCCGUCCACACUCAGGCCGGGACCCAGGUCCAGGCUGGGAAGCAGUCCCACAUCCCCUACAGCCAGCAGAGGCCGUCCGGUCCAGGUCCAGGGACGGGUCCGGGGGCCUCGGGACAGGGCCCCUCACAGGCUCCGCAGCCCCAGGCCCAGACACCAUCCCAGCAGGCCUUGCAGCAAUCGGUGCAGCUGCAGGUGCAGGUGAUGAACCAGCAGCAGCAGUCCCCCACGAAACCUGUCCAACAGGUCGGGAUGGGCAAGAGUCCACCGCACCACCCAGGACUGCAGCAGUAUAUGCAGGUCCAGGACCAGCCGGCCUCCAUGUGGAACCAGAGCCAGGGCGUCCUGCAGAAGCUGCCCCCGAUGCAGAUGCCCCCCCUGAAGCAGCAGUCUCAGCAGCAGCAGCAGGCCUUCUUCAUGCCCCCCCAGGACCCCCUCAAACUGUACGAGCACCAGCUGCAGCCGGCUGCUAUCGACAAGAAGAUCAAGUACCACGACGUCAAGAUGCAGGACUUCUACUGGGAGCCCACCUACCGCAUGGGCGACGGCCUGCAGGGGAUGGGAGACCGCAUGAAGAGACCCCCACCUGGAGGCAUCUGCCCCGACCAGGACGCCCCCCCCGGAUCCCGGGGACCGCCGUUUGAGGACAACAAGAGCUCGCCUCUUCUACCUCCAGACCUGUUAAAAACUCUAGCAGAUUUUGAGGAGGAGGAGGAGCUGGUCUUUACUAAGCCUCCUGAUUUCUUCCAGGCCUUGGCUGGUCCUCUUAGCUCUGCUCCUGGACCAAACAUAUUUCUGCCGAACCAGACCAGGAUGGACAGCGGACCCGAGGUGGUGGCCCAGACGGCGUCUCUGCUGCCCAUAUCCGGCUUCCCCAUGCAGGAGUUCAACCAGACCAGUAUCUUCAGUAAGGCCUACGGUAAAAACCUGCCGCCCAGCUCCAAGCCUGACGCUCCCAUGAUGCACCAGGAGCCGUCCCUCUACUCCCUGUUUGAGGGGACACCGUGGUCCCCCUCCCUCCCUGCCAGCUCAGACCACUCCACCCCGGCCAGCCAAUCCCCUCACUCAUCCAACCCCAGCAGCCUGCCGUCCUCCCCCCCUACUCACAACCACGGAGCCAUGCCCUUCUCCAACUUUGGGCCCAUUGGGACCCCGGACAGCCGGGACCGCAGGGUGGUGGACCGCUGGAAGGCCGACAAGACCGGGGCGGUCAGCGGCUUCGGGUUGGACUACCUUCCGACUGCAGCCUCCUCUGCAGCUUCAGACACCAGCUGGCACCAGACCGGACCGACCGGCAGCUCCUGGACCAACCAGGAGUCCCCGAUGGAGGAGUCGUCCUCCACUGUGCUGCUCGACAGCCUCAAGUCCAUCUGGUCAAGCUCCAUGAUGCAGCCAGGCCCGUCGGCGCUGGAGCAGCUCCUCCUGCAGCAGAAACAGAAGCAGCAGCGAGGUCAUGGCGCCAUGAACCCGCCCCACUGAACGCCGGCCGAGGCGGCGCUUUGAGUCCGGACGUCAACCGAAAACCACCACCAGGAGAGCGGAGGUAACAAAUACAAAGUUUGACCAGCUCCAACUAAAAUGGGAAAUUAAACCGGCGAGAAUCGGUGGAGGCUGGGGGAGGCGACACGACACGACCCCCCGACGAGGCUGAGACUCCAACCCCGCCCCCCUCGGCUGUCGAGGAGGGCCGACGCCCCUCCUGGGUCGGAGGGUGCCGGAUCUUUCAACCGCGGUGCGUUAAUGGGCGCCCACGACCACCGCCGGUUUUCCUUCAACCCGUGGAAAUCUGAACUUUGAGGAACACAACCCCCUCACGCCACAGCCCCGCCCCCCCGCUUUAGGACAGACGCCACACGCCCACCUUUAAAAAAAUACAAAUAAAAAAGGCUCGGAGGUCUGCUCGGGUCAGACGGAGCGCCCGUUUUUAGCGUUUCCGUUGCCACAGACUAGGGCGAGGACAGUGUGGCGUCAACGUUCUGGGGGAGGUCAGGUGACGCAGCGGGGGAGGGGCCACAUAACAGACUGGACUAUCUGAUCUCUCUUCAUUUAAGACGGAGGAGGAGGAGGAGCUGAUUGGUCGAUGGAGACUGUGGGCGGCGGCUUUAUAAAUAUAUAAAUACAUAUAUAUCACCGUAGUCUGACGCUCGCUGUCCGGCCGUUUGAAGGAUGAUGGGGAUGAUGGGAGCGUGUGUGGGCGGGGUCUGAGGCCAUACCCCCCCCCCGUCCACCAGACGUAGGCUUAGCGUUAGUCAGAGAUCACAGAUAUUUACAAACAUACUGUACUUUGUGAUUUGUUUGUAGCAGUUUUAGCUUCACGCCUUCCGAGGUGAUCACAGGUAUGUCUAUUAGCUUCCUGCUUGAAUAUUUUUGGGGUGGGGGGAGGGGCAUUUAUGUGGGAGGGGAGGGGCUUCUGUUUUUUCUUUAAAGAAAACUGACGGUGUAACCUUCUCGAUUUUUCUCCUGCUUUACUGUUCCGUUUGUUCCUGUUCUGCCUUUUUACUGGUUUCAGCAGCUCGCUGUCUGAGCUCUGAUUGGCCGACCGCUGUACAGGUGAGCACAUGCACAGGUGGGGCGGGGCGGGGCAGGGGGGCAGCGGUUUGCUCAUUUUCCUGACCGAUCACUACAGCAGCUCGAGGUUUUUUUUAUUGGAGUCGAUGCAGCUUUUAUUUGAUGUGAAGACGGUGAACUGAACUCAGGAAGCUGACCCCGCCCCCGCUAAGAUGAAGGCCAAUCAUCACCCACCAGGACCAUGGGCUGGUGUUUGUAGUUUCUGUGUUGCAGCCCUGAGUUUUGCCUGACAGGAGAUGUGCAGUGUUCAGUAUCUUUGUAGUGUUUCUUCUUCUUUCCGCACUGAAACAAUCGGCAGCGCGCUGCUGGGCAAUCGGAUGUUUUUUAGUCGGAGCUGACGUCCUCUGGUGGAAACGAGGGUCAAGUGGUCGACACCCACCUGCAGGACGCCCCAGGAGGCGGAGUUUCUUUUCCUGAUGGUCACUGUAUUAAAGCCGACUUCAGAGAGACACGUCUAUUUUCUGUGAUUGUGCUUUUCAUGUUGCAUUUACAAAAUGUAUUUGAAAACUAAUACUAAUAAAAGGUAAAAUAUUACUGAAUGUGACGACGGAUUUGACCCAGUGUCCGAAGUUCCUGUUUGAUGUUUGCCACGUGGAUCUGAACCGCACCGGUCCUGGCAGCGGUCCAGGGGGAACCCCGGGGACCGGGAUGGUACCUGACAUUCCACUUGGUUUAGAGGUCUGGGGGGUUCCGGUCCCCGUGGUCCUGAGGGUUCCGGUCCUCGUGGUCCUGAGGGUUCCGGUCCUCGUGGUCCUGAGACGUCAGCUCGUGAGGCUUUUCAUGUUUCUCUGUUGACUCUCAGCCUUUCAAUAAACCUAACGAUGUUCUCCCUUAAA